UUGCAGCCUCGGCGCCUUUAGGCGGCUGCACUCGGCCAUUGCCACGGCAGUUGUUGGCACAGCAUUGGUUUCUGUCAGCCACUGCUGUCAAUUGGCAGAGAAUUGGUCUCUGUGAGCGACUCCUGAACUCGCAAAGCAUUGGUCUUUUUGCGAGGGACUCCGGAACUCUCAGAACAUUGGUUUGUGCCAGGGACUCCAGAACUCGCAAAGCAUUGGUCUUUGCGAGGGAGUCCUGAAUUUCCUUUGAAGGUAAAGAUUGACUCAAAUUGUACUUUCUGGUUUUGUCCCAUCUGUGCUCUGAAAGAGAAUGCCACAGGGAGAUACAGGAUGGUGGCAUGUACAGCUGAGGGGAUGAACAAUAGAUGGUCUACUGAUGGUGCUUUUUGCUCACUGAACAAAUGCAACAUUUCCUAAGUACACUAGUUUAUAGAGUUUUUCCUGUAGUAUUUAUUUAAACUACUUAUAGGUGAGUGAGUUCUGUUCAAAUUUCAGUGGGUUGUUAUGAUCUGGUUAUUAAAAUGUUUAAGGAGGUGCCCCUGAAUUAAGGUGCAAAAUGAGACCAUCUGCCAAAGUGGAUAGUCUGGAUUUUAUGUAACAGUAAAUGUGAGGAAGAGAGAGGGAGAAAGAAAUAGAAAAAGGAGGGGGGGACGGAGGUUGAUGGGAAGGGGGCAUGAAAGAGAGUGACAGAGACAGAUUUAGUAGAAAAGAUCACCAUUCCAUGGAUCCCAUCCCAUCCCAUUCAAUCCUCUUCUGGUCUUCUCUGUGGUGAGGUUUCGCAAAAUGUAAGACUCCAAUGGAUGAAUGCGGAUUUGGGCAAGGUGGGACAGCCCAGGUACCUCCCUGGGGAAGGGCAAGUUGGGCUCUGUCUUUUGCUACUUUCAAAUAAUAUACAUUGUUAGCACCAGUAUAUCCUUUGAGUCUGCCACGAAUUGGGCAGUGGAUUUUCGGAUCUGUUGUGUUACUUUGCAUGCCAUGCAGUCAUCUGGUGCAAGGCCUCAGAAAUGGCUCUGGGGGCACUUUGGGGGUCUUUGAUGGGCUAUGACACCCCCUGAGCUGCCCCUGAUGGGAAUGUCCCCUGGAUGUGGCCUUCUGGGGGUGGGGGUUGUAGAGCUGAGCCAGUUUGUGUGAGGGAGGAUGGGUGUCCACUGCCCCUUACCAGAGGUUGUGCCACAGACCCAAAAUUUCCUCCUGCCCCUCUGUUGAUGGGAGGUGUGUGUGCAAACCUGGCCUCAGCAGAGGAGUCUGUGGCUGUGACUUGCCCAGCCUGAAGGCAGACAGAGCUGAUUUUCAGGACAGCUGCUGGCUGUGGCUAUGGUGUGGAUCUAUUUUUCUCCCUUGGCCUUGUUCACUUCUCCCGAGACCUGAGCUAAUGGGGCAAUAGUGUCACCUUUAUCUUGCCUCAAGUUCCCAUGUGGGCCUUAACUCCCAGUCCCAAGUUCCAGUCAGGAGGCAUUUUCAGGGAAGGGUGGGCUUGGGUGCUCUCAGCUUCUUUGUACAGUUUUGUCACAAUUGGAAAAAAGUCCUUUGUAGCAAUAUUUAAGCCAUGAGCCAUAACAUUGCAGUCUCUCCCAAGUCCAGUGAGGAGCAGCUGAGAGAGCAGGGGUUGUUUAGCCUAAAGAAGAGGAGGUCCACUCAAGCUGGUUUUAAGUAAUAUUUAAGCUACAGCUUUGUCUGUUCUAAGUAUUAUUAAUGUUCAGCUUUUUAGCUCCAGAUUUCAGCAAGAUCCAUUUUUGAAUUGCACAAGGGAGCCAUCUAGUCCAAAUAAAGUCCAACUAGAGGCCUAACAAUACUAGCUACUUAUGCCAAGCAAGCACUUAGCUACUUUCAAAUGAUAUAAAAUGUUUAGCAGCAGUGUAUGCCUUGAGUCUGCCACGAAUUGGGUUCUGGAUUUUCAGAGUUCCAUUGUUGCUCCUUCCAGUUUUGCUGAGGCCUUGUUGCUCCUCUGUGACACCCUCCCUUCAGAAUGGCUUCUGGAUUCCCGAAAAAGACACCGACACCUCGUCUUUUGCUGAGGGAAAGACUGCAGCCUAGCACUCUGCUUCCCUCUAAGUUCCAGCAGGAGAAGUUUCUCAGCACAAAGAAGGAGGCCAGCACUGGGGGGAGUAUUCUGCCCAGAAUUGGCCCAUGGAUAGACCUGAGCAAGAAUGGUCCAAAGAUUCCUCGGCUGGUGAAGGUGUGCAUGGAGAGCUGCCCUUAUUUCCAGCUGGCGUGCCCCAGGGGUGUGUACCACACGGUGCCAGCAGGCGCCUCUGCCCCGUGCGCAUCCACUUCAGCCCCUAGGAGAACAAGGAUUAUUCCCACGAGCUCACCUGCAUCACUACAAGGGGAAGGAUAGUGGUGCCAAUUCGGGCCAUUGCUGCCCGAGCUGUCCUGGACUUCCCUGAGCAGCUGGACUUCUCCAGGUGUCCAGUCAAGAGCAGCAGCCAGAAGACUCUGCUGCUCCACAACUCUGGGAACCUGGAAGCUCGUUUCCAGCUGAGCACCCAGAGGCAGAGUCUUUUUGGGCAGUCACAGAGAGAGCUGUGCCUGGAAAAAUUAAUGGAGGAGAAAGAAACAGGGAAGGAGAAGGGCUCUUGUGAAGAUCGUGCUGCCCUCCUGAGAGCCCCAGGGGAGAUGGCAAAGGUGCACCAGGACCCCAUGUUCUCUGAUGACGUUUCUUUCAUUAAGCCAAUGGAGGGAGAAAUCGAGCCGGAUGGUUUGGCCAAAAUUAAGAUGACUUUCAAACCCCUGGAAGCAGUGGAGUAUCAAAGUGUGGCUUGUUGCAGCAUCUCAGGCCGUGAGAGCAGGCUGCCCCUGCAGCUCAGAGGGGAAGGCCAAGGACCCUUGGUUGAGCUCAGCUGUGACACUCUGGACCUUGGGGACAUUUUUGUCAAUACCCCCCAUGUCUGUGAGGUGAACCUGAUCAACCAAGGAGCUCUUGAUGCUCCCUUCAGCUACAUCCCUUCGGCCACAAAGGUGGGCUUGGGCUUCAAGUUGGCACCCCAGGAGGGCAUCAUUGCAGCAGGUGGGAGCCAGACUCUCCAGAUCUCCUUCAGUGCCACCGUGUUGGGGAGGUUUGAGGAAGAAUUCCGGUUCAGUCUGGCUGGAUCUCCUACGCCUGCCAUCCUGACCAUCAAGGGCAGCGUCACUGGACCCAGUUUGCACUUCGACCUCCCUGAGCUCGACUUUGGGGACAUCUCCUUUGGCUUUCCCUACACCCAGCGCUGCCGGCUCACUAACAGCUUCCCGGUGCCCGUGACGUUCCAGCUCCGCAUGUCGUUCGAUGGCACGCAGCCGGCCGUGGACAGCGUCGAUCAGAUCCGCUGCCACAGUGACCCAGCCUAGAGGAAGGGCAUUCACUUCUAUGUGGAGCCCCGGGAGUUUACAAUCACUCCCAGCCGAGGGACCAUC